GAAAGUAAAUGCAAGUGAAAUGAAACUUGUAUUGCCACUACAUAUUUUGAUUACAGCUGAGUCAUAUCGAGUCAAAUAGUCACACCAAAUCUCUCCAUCCAUAACCAUAACAUAUUUCUCUUCCGCCAAGCUUUUUCGUCUCUUUCCCACUCAUUUAUAUCUUCUUUCACAGUUCACACCUUCAAAACCAAACAAAAGUCCAAACUACACACAGAAAGUCUAGCAUAUCUCUCCAGCUGACUCAGUCCGCUGGGACCCACUUAGUCUCCUCUCUCUCUCUAUUUAUACAAUUAUUUAGCUCCAGAAAAAUAAUAAACCAAAAAAAGAAAGAAAAAAGAAUGGGUUCCGCAACUUGCCCGGCGAUUCUCCUCAGCCUGUUUUUUAUCUCGGCCCACCUCGUGGCCCAAUCGGCGGCCCAAACACCGCCAACGUUCACCUGCAGUAAGAAGGCCACGUGUCAAGCUCUAGUGGACUACGUGGUUCCAAACGCCACCACUCUCGACGGAAUCCAAACUCUCUUCGGUAUAAAAAAGCUGUACAGUCUUCUCGGCGCCAACGGCCGUCCGACCUCGACUCCACGAACCGCACCAGUGGCCGCGAAGGAGACGAUCAAGAUCCCGUUCCGUUGUAUUUGUAAAAACGGAACGGGCGUCUCGAACCGGGUUCCAACUUAUACCGUUAAGAAAGGAGACGGACUGGACCAUAUAGCGAGAGACAUUUUCUCGACUCUGGUGUCGUACCAGCAGAUCGCCGCCGUUAACGGCAUUAAGGAUGUGAAUUUAAUUGAGGUGGGUCAGAAGUUGUGGAUUCCGUUACCGUGUAGCUGUGAUGACUUUAACGGAACCCAGGUGGUCCAUUACGGACACGUGGUGCAAGCUGGGAACUCGAUGGAGGGGAUUGCUCAAGAUUUUGGUACUACGGAAGAGGCGUUACUGAAACUGAAUGGGAUUGCUAACUCUAGUGAGCUCAUGGCUGGUCAAGUCCUCGAUGUUCCUCUUAAAGUUUGUGCAUCAUCAAUGAGGAAUGGCUCGUUGGAUAACCCUAUACUUUUGCCCAAUGGGACUUAUGUUGUCACUGCUUAUGACUGUGUCAAAUGCAGUUGCGAUUCCUCAAACAAUUGGACAUUACAAUGUGAGGCAGCCCAAGUUAAGCUAACCAACAAGAAACCGUGGUCCACGUGCCCCUCCAUGCAGUGUUCGGAAUCUAAUUUAGCUUUGGGGAAUACUUCUACAACCGAUUCCACUUGCACAACGUGUUCUUAUGCUGGUUUCAAUAACCAAACCAUCUUCACCCAAUUACUCAACCAGUCCACUUGUUCAGCUACCAAUUCGAAUAAUAACAAUGCGGCUUCAAAGAUGGGUGUAGGAGCUUGGAGCUGGAACUACCUUUUCAUCUCAGUUCACUUAGUCCUAAUUAGCGUUGGUCUUGGUCUAUGAGAUGUUAAUUUCCUGCUCUCUUUUUUGUUCAAAAACUAUUCUACUGCGUACAGAUCUGAGUAGUAAUUGAAACGCAGGGUAUAUUGUGUAUGUACUAUGUAGGUUUUUUUUCUUUUUGAUGUUGAGAAAAAAUAAUUUAUUUUCUGGAGAGAAAAUAAACAUGGCUUUUUUUUCGAAUAGAAAAUAAUAAUUUUAUUAACCAACAAAA